UCUCAAACUCGACAGCUUUAUCCGCAGCUCCGAUCAGUUACAAGCCGCCCCAGAGGUCCCAUCGGCGUAGCGUAGCGGCUCCGACCAUGAAGAUCCAAAAACAACAAUGGGGAGUGGAAGAACACUUUCCUGAAGAAAUCAUAGACAAAAUCCUGUUGAAAUUGCCCGUCAAAGACGUAAUCAGAUGCAGCGCCGUGUGCAAGUUAUGGAACUCUCUCAUUAAAAACCCUACCUUCAUUCAAACCCACCUCAACAAUCAAACCCACGACGGCAUUUCGAAGCGCCUCCUGCUCAUCUCCCGCCAAUCAUACGAUUUGCAUUGGGAUAACCCUGCAGCUUUAUUCGGUCAGUAUUCCAACCUCCGAAAUCCAAUUCGCAACAGUAAUUGGACCAAAGGUAUCGUUUGGGAAGUGGUCGGAACUUGUAACGGACUUGUAUGCCUUGCUGUUUCCUCAAUUCACGGUGACCCCUGCCCUCCUGUGAUUCUGUGGAAUCCAUCCAUUAGAAAGUUUGGGUUUUUGCCUAGUCCCAGUCGUGCCGUUGAUUGCUACCGGUAUGAAAGUUAUUAUCUCUGCUAUGAUUCUCGUAUAGAUGAUUAUAAGGUUGUGAGGAUUGUCAGGGAACCCUAUUGCCAGGUUGAGGUUGAGGUUUGGUCCUUAGCCUCAGGAAGUGCUUGGAAGAGUCUUGAUAAUGUUCCUGCCGAUUUUUCCCCUAGUACAUCUCAUCAUGCUUUUGUCAAUGGUGCUCUUCACUGGGCUCAAAGCCGCCUGACAAGUGGGGAGGAGGAGGAGUCUACUGUUUCCGUUGUGGCAUUGGACAUGGUUGAUGGAUCAUUUCGCAAUGUGGAGAUUCUCCAAUGUUGGAGAGGUGCACCAAUGAUUUCAAGGUACCAUGGUGAUGGGGAUCAGUGCUGGCUUGCGUUAUUUGAUUUGCAGGGAGACUCUUGUUUUGACUUGUGGGUGAUGAAAGAGUACGGUGUGGCUGAAUCAUGGACUAAAUUAUUCAAUGUGCAUCUGCUAGGAUCUCCGGAAGAAGAACUUCGGAUCGAGCCAUUUGGUUUUACAAAGAGUGGUCAGGUGGUGGUCAGAAUGGGUGGGGACGAAGAGUUCAAUUCGUUCAAGUCUUAUGACCCCAAGGACAAACAGUUUAGAGAUUUUGGAAAUCAGGCAUAUGACUACUACUUCAUGGAUUCUUUUGUGGAGAGCCUUGUCUUACUUGGCCAAACCAAUGUUUUUUCUUACUAAGGAGGGACUCAGAAUAAUCUACAACAGCAGCUACUACCAAUGCGGCUUGCUUUGCUCUCUGUUUUCAUGAAAAUAUGUAUCAGUUUAAUAAUGAAGUAAUAUUAGAAAACCUUCCAUAAAGUUUCUGUCUUGUUUUCUUCACUUUGCUUAGCCCAAUUGCUUAUCUGGGUCACAUAUCCAGCCCGCUUUUAAGAGUUGCUACUCAAACAUUUUUGCCUGAGCAAUUUUACAUCUUUGGUCUCCGGGAGUUUCCUCCGCUAGGGCGAUUAGAACUAACUCUGCAGACCAUUAUUUGCAUACAACCGGGUGUGGACUGUUCCAACAUGAUGGCUGCUAUAACA